UAAGGGACGAAAGAUGUAUUCUAAUCAUAACUUGAGUCACAAAGUAAAAAAAUUCAGUAAGCACAUUUUAAAAAAUCCCAAAAUCGCAGGGGGAAAGUUAGCUGCCAUUGUUUCUUCAGAUCAGAAAUCUAUCACGCUGCUAGAACAUUCGAUAAGAAGCAAUGGCAUCCCGCUUGCAACUUCCGGGAGAUGAUUCGGUUCUGUUACGUGUAACUCAUUCUAAUCUCAAGACAUUCUCUUCUGAUGUUAGAUUCUCACUUGAGAGCACAGUAGAAGCUGUUAAAGACAAACUAUGGAAAAAAUGCGGCACGGCUGUUGCUUCAAUGAGUCUUGAACUGUAUGAUGAUACCGGUGCUAAAGUAUCAGACACAAACGAUAAUUCACGACCUUUUGGCUUUUAUUCUCCACUAGACGGAUAUCGCCUGCAUAUUAUAGAUCUUGAUCCGUCAUCCGUAACAUCCGGUGGUUGGCUUGAGGACACUUCGCUGGUGGAGAAAUACAAAAUUUCCGAUGAAGCAUAUGAUAAACUUGAUGGUACAUAUAGAAAGUUUAAGGAGAAGCUUGGACCUCGAAAUACUUCUGCUCAGGGAUCUAAAAUGGAUGAUGAUUAUAUGAAAGAUAUUUGUGCAAAUAUUAAGGUUGGAGAUAGAUGUCAAGUGGAACCAGGGGAGAAAAGGGGUGUUGUGAAAUUUGUGGGCCGGGCCGAAGCUCUUGGGCCGGGCUUCUGGGUUGGAAUUCAAUAUGAUGAACCAUUGGGAAAACAUGAUGGCUUGGUAAAAGGCACACGGAUCUUCGAGUGCCCCCCACUUCAUGGAGCUAUGGUUAGACCAGAUAAAGUAAAGGUUGGAGAUUAUCCUGAAAGAGACCCCUUUGAAGAUGAAGAAAUCUAAGAGCAAGUUUUAUUUUCCAACAUUGAUUUUGGAAUAUUAAAAGCUUCAAAUGUUCUUGAAGACUUGAACUAUGAUCAUAGACUUGUUUCAUUUUAUAUUACAAAGCAUAUGAGUCAUCUUUGCUUGAGGUUUGGUUCGUUGUACGCUAACAUAUGAGAUUGUGACCGUUGCUAUGAACAGACCAUGUUUUAAAGAACGAUUUGAAUACGUAUGUACUGAUCUCAUGUUUUUACC